AUGAGUAUGUUGACCAACUUUCCACAUUUCUCUUCAUCUAACGUUGUAUUGGGAAAAACUGAGCUAACAGGGCCAAGUCUGGUGCCUUCAAAUAUAUCCCACAGGCUACGUGACGACCCAGAAGCCAUUAAUUUAGCUUCGAGCGACUAUGGAAAUCUUUUUCGUCAGUCUCCUCUCGCUGUGUUUCAUCCAUCUUCCAUAUACGACAUUAUCAGCUUGAUACGAUCUUCGUACAGCAGCUCUGUUCCUUUCCGCAUAGCCGCAAGAGGACAGGGCCACUCCACUCGCGGCCAAGCCAUGGCUCCCAACGGCGUCGUCGUUGACAUGUCCGCUCUCCGGCGACAAAGGCUUGGCUCCGGAAUUGGCUCCGUCUUUCAUGACCCUUCCGUCGGUUACUACGCCGACGUCGGAGGUGAACAGCUCUGGAUUGAUGUGCUCCACGCCACGCUUCAACACGGACUUGCACCGGCCUCGUGGACGGAUUAUCUGUACUUGACCGUCGGCGGCACCCUCUCUAACGCCGGCAUCAGCGGCCAGACCUUCCGUUACGGACCGCAGAUCAGCAAUGUCCAUGAAAUGGAUGUCAUCACUGGAAAAGGAGACUUAUUAGCCUGCUCGCCAGAGAAGAACCCAGAACUUUUUCAUGGGGUUCUUGGAGGUUUGGGACAAUUUGGGAUCAUAGCAAGGGCAAGAAUCGCUCUUCGGCCAGCUCCAAAACGAGUUAAGUGGGUCAGAGUGAUUUAUAAUGAUUUCUCUCACUUCACCAGAGAUCAAGAGCGAUUAAUCUCAAUCAGUGGAGGAAAGAAGAGAGAUGAUAAUGCGUUAGAUUAUUUGGAAGGGAUGCUUCUGAUGCACCAAGGACCCAUCAAUAAUUGGAGAUCCUCUUUCUUUCCAUUAUCAGACCACCCUAAAAUUAUUUCCCUGCUUGUUCAACACAGCGUCCUCUACUGCCUCGAAGUCGCCAAAUACUAUGACGAACAUUCUGAACAUACUGUUGACAAGGAACUGCAAGAAUUGCUCCAAGGAUUAAGUUAUGUUCCUGGAUUUUACUACGAGAAAAAUGUCUCGUUUGUGGGGUUCUUGAAUAGAGUUCGAAGUGGAGAGCUAAAACUUCAAUCACAAGGAUUAUGGGAUGUUCCACAUCCAUGGUUAAACAUGUUUAUACCCAAAUCUAGAAUCCAUGAUUUUGAUUCUGGGGUUUUUAAGGAUAUUAUCUUCAAACGAAACAUCACCAAUGGACCCGUCUUAGUUUAUCCCAUGAACCGAAGCAAGUGGAACGAUAAAAUGUCAGCGAGCAUCCCAGAGGAGGAAGUGUUCUACACAGUGGGAUUUUUGCAUUCAAGUGGGUUUGAAGAUUGGAAAGAAUUUGAUGUUCAAAAUAGAGACAUAUUAAAGUUCUGUGAGGAAGCUGGAAUUAAAGUGAAGCAAUAUCUUGCUCACUACACAACACAGAAAGAAUGGGCAAAUCAUUUUGGCGCCAAAUGGAGGAAUUUCCAAGAAAGAAAAUAUCAGUUUGAUCCGAGAAUGAUCCUAUCGCCAGGACAGAGAAUCUUCAACAACAUUGAUUGAUUUGCUACAAAAUCACAUUCUUUUUUUCUUCCUUUUCUUUUUUUACCUUAUUUAUUAGUUUUCCCAAGAAAAAAGUGGUAUAUAGGUGUGGUACUACCGCCUCACUUUUAAUUUAUUGGCUAGCUAGCUGGUCGCAGGUGUAUAUGACCCCAGAUUUCCUUAGAUCAGCUUCUGUCUUUUUUAAGUUCUGUAGCUUUUGUUAAUUAGAAACAUUAGG